AUGGAUGACGAUGCCCGCCGGCCCCGAGGUCCACCUUGGGAAGCCGGCGCCUGUGAGAGUCGGCUCCAGGAACGUGCACCAGAGGGAUGUAUUCCUGAAUCGUGUCCAGUUUGUCUGUAUUUGGAGGAUGAGGAUACAGAGUCUUCAACCAGUUCAGGUUCUGAGGAUAUAACAGCUUCUCCGCCUCAAAGUGUAAAAUCUAAAAGCGAGCCAUUCAAAUCAGCUAAAGACAAGCACCGUCAUCAUGAUCAUGCUAUUGAAUUUAAUAAUUAUCUAGCUGCCUAUUGUCGUAGGUGCAACAUGUUGUGCAGAAAUUCAUAUAAAUAUUUAUACACAUUGUCUCACAAUGCAACUUAUGACCUCGGGGUAAUUUUAAAUGAAUUGUCUAACCUCCCUAACCGUGAAAUUGAUAUUGCCUCCAAAGAUGGAUUUAAGUUCAUGAAAGUAGAUAUCGGUAAACUUCGGUUUAUGGAUAGUCUGGCUUUACUAAAUGGUGGGCUGGAAAAACUAGCUAAAGAACAUAUCAAGGAAGGUAAACCCACCACUUACACCUCAGUUAUGCUAGAUGACGUCCCUGUAGCCGCCCACCAUUUAUUAAAGACAGGUAAACAGGUAUUCUGUUAUGAUUAUAUUUCAUCUAUGGAGAAAUUAAAUGAACCGGCUCGUUCUCCUCCCGAAGCCUUUUUCAAUAGUUUAAAACACGAGGCCAUAAGCGAGACCGAUUAUACACAGGCUAAAGAAGUCUUCAGAUUAGCGGAAUGCAAGACCAUUGGGGAUUACUUGAAGGUCUAUUUAAAAGUAGAUACUGGACUAUUGUGUGAUGUGUUUACUGUAUGGCGCAAGACCAUGCUUGAGCUGUACAAAAAUCUAAGAGGCGGAUUUACCUCUGUUGUGCAGCAACACACACGUGUAGAAAAUGAGCAUACGGGUGCUGAUCCUUCUAGCACUGAUAAAUAUAUUCUGUAUUUAGAUUUUAAUGGCCUAUACGCCACCUGUAUGACAGAACUGCUUCCUCAAGGCGGGAUCCGUAAAUUAUCUGCUGCCGAAUGCAAUGAUUGGCUCCAACAAGGAUUGGGAAAUAUUGCAUGUGAUGGGGAUAAGGGAUAUUGGGUCAUGUGUGAUACCAAGUAUGUAUCACCUGAGGUGGCUCGAGACACCGAUGAUUUGCCCUUAACCCUGUCACAUGCUAAUAUUUCUACUGAUAUUCUGUCCGAUUAUAGCAAACACAUUUUAAAUACAGAAGAUCGCAAACUCCCCAAGAAAAACAAAUUAAUUGCCGCACAUCUCCCCCAAAAAGAUUACUUGGUCAGUUUAGAUUUGCUUCAGAUGCUGAUGAAAUUGGGAUUAGAAGUAGCUAAGGUAAAUGCAGUUUAUGAAUUCCAACAAAACAAGUACCUUAAGGAAUUUGUCGAAACAAAUGCUCGUGAACGUUCGAAUACACCUUGCGCCAUUAAGGGUAAAGCUUUCAAGCUGGUAUCAAAUGCAAUUUACGGCAAGAGUUUGACAAAUAUCCUGCAGAUAGCUAAGAGGAUCCUAUAUGAUUUUUGGUACAACACCGUCAAAGUUCAUUAUGAAGACAAAGUUAGAUUGCUGUAUACGGAUACAGAUUCGUAUUUGAUUGAAUUGACCUGUCCAAAUGCUUUUGAGGAAUUAAAUAAACUGCCUUUGUCUCAGCAUAUGGAUUUCAUAAAAUCUAGAGAUUUAGCUCAAAUUGAAACUUUAGGGCGGCAAUUAUUUGGAAAACAAGAUUCUAAAAAGCUUUUGGAUAUCUACAAGAAAGCCAUCAGUAAACCUUAUGGAUAUUUAUGGGUGGAUUUAGGAGUGAAAACCCCUGAACGCAUCACCUUCCGUAGCAAUAUUGUUGAACAUGCAACACAGCAAGUGUUAAUUCUGCAUGAAAAUCAUAUAGACAUUGUACAUAAAGUGCCAGCAGUCUUAAAGGAGGUGGCUAAAGAAGUAUUUGAUGUGAACAAGUCCAUAAAGGAUAUAUCAAAAGGUAUAUUGAAAGUGGUAGAAUGUACCUAA